AUGGGCUUCCAAAGGAAUUUGACAGAUGAGGAAAAGAUGUUCUUGAAGGCAAUAUCCCUUUGUCACACAGUGCACAUUAAUGACCGGGAAGAGAUGCAGAGAUCAAAUUUGAGUCUUGUAGCUGAUCCAUCCACUGUGCAAUACUAUGCUGCUUCACCAGAUGAGAAGGCUUUAGUAGAAGCUGCAAGAAAGAUUGGGAUCACAUUUGCAGGCUCAAGUGAAAAUAGUAUAUUACUUAACGAGUUUGGAAAGGAGCAAAGAUACAAACUUCUAGAUGUUUUAGAGUUUGAUGCAGAUCGCAGGCGAAUGAGUGUAAUUGUUGAAACCCCAGAAGAAAAGAAGAUACUCUUCACUAAAGGUGCAGAAUCAUCCAUUCUGCCAUUAACCAAAACCGGGGAAAUACAUACAACUAGUGCACAUGUGGAUGAACUUGCGAUGAAGGGAUUGCGAACACUUUGUAUGGCAUACAAAUAUUUAACCAAAAAAGAGUAUGAGGAAGUGGCAUCGCAACUUCUUGCAGCCAGGACAUCUCUGCAACAUCGAGAAGAAGAAGUAGCCAAUGCUUUCAAUCUUAUUGAGAGAGACUUGCACCUGCUGGGAGUUUCUGGUGUGGAAGACAAAUUACAAGACAAAGUUCCGGAGACCAUAGAGGCUCUUAAAUUGGCAGGAAUCAAAGUAUGGGUUCUUACAGGUGAUAAACUGGAAACUGCAAUCAGUGUGAGUUUAUCAAGUGGACAUUUUCACAGGACAAUGAAUAUUUUGGAGCUUAUCGAUCAGAAAUCUGACUGUGAAUGUGCUGCACAGCUUCAAAGGCUUGAUAGAAGGAUAAAACAUGAUCAUGUGAUUCAACAUGGCUUGGUUGUCGAUGGAACCAGCCUUUCACUUGCGCUCAGGGGACAUGAAGAAUUGUUCAUGGAAAUUUGCAAAAACUGCAGUGCUGUGUUAUGUUGCCGAAUGGCACCUCUGCAAAAAGCAAAAGUAGUCAGGCUUUUAAAGACAUCACCAGCCAAGCCUAUUACCUUAGCAAUUGGUGAUGGUGCAAAUGAUGUCAGCAUGAUAAUGGAAGCAAAUAUCGGCAUAGGUAUUAUGGGCAAAGAAGGAAGGCAAGCAGUGAGAAAUAGUGACUAUGCAAUAGCAAGAUUCAGAUUCCUUGCUAAGUUACUCUUUGUCCAUGGCCACUUGUAUUACAUUAGAAUAUCACAUCUUGUACAGUACUUUUUUUAUAAGAAUGUCUGUUUUAUUACGCCUCAGUUUUUGUAUCAGUUCUUCUGUUUGUUUUCGCAGCAGACGUUGUAUGACGGUGCUUACCUGACAUUGUACAACAUUUGCUUCACUUCCUUACCCAUCCUCAUGUACAGUUUGUUUGAACAAGAUGUGCAGCCUCACAUACUCCAGAGCAAGCCAUCAUUGUACAAAGAGAUUAGCAGAAAUGAGGUCUUGUCCCUCAAAAGAUUUCUGUAUUGGACACUGCUAGGAUUUUGUCAUGCCUUUAUAUUUUUCUUUGGUUCUUAUCUUCUGAGGGGAGAUGAUGCAUCCAUGAUGGGGAAUGGUCAGAUGUCUGGAAACUGGACAUUCGGCUUUCUGGUUUUUACAGUGAUGUUUAUCACGGUUACUUUAAAGCUUGGAAUUGAGACACACUACUGGACCUGGAUAAAUCACUUUGUUACGUGGGGUUCAAUAAUUUUUUACUUCGGAUUCUCUUUGCUUUAUGGAGCAAUAAUUUGGCCAUUUUUGCAGUCACAAGACAUGUACUGCGUCUUCGUACACCUGUUGUCCAGUGCUUCAGCCUGGCUUGGCAUCAUUGUUAUAGUGGUUGCUUGCUUAUUCCCUGAUGUCCUAAGGAAAGUAUUCUGGAGGCAUGCACGACCUACCUUGACACAAAGAUCACAGGUCAGAAUCCUGGAACUACUUUCUCACUGUGUGUACAGCUACACCACAUGAGCAGCAUUGAUUAAAGAAGGCAGCUCAUCACCACUUUUUCGG